AGAGGUUAUAUAAAUACGAGGCAAGUUAGCUGUAAUCUGAUGAACGUCUUAAUUCUUCCAUUAGAGAAACGGUCAAAUCUACCCCCAUCUCACUCCCCUUAUAUCCCCCCUUACAACUCUUUGAAUCCCUUACACAGACUCCAAAAAAAGACCCAUUUGAGACAAACCAAAAAAAAAAACAACUAAAAGCCCGUAAAUAUGGAGUCGGUUGUUUCGGAGCUCGAAGGAACACUUGUGAAAAGCCCCGACCCUUUCUCCUACUUCAUGUUAGUAGCCUACGAGGCGUCGGGUCUGAUCCGGUUCGCUCUCUUGCUGAUUCUGUGGCCGUUUAUUCGACUUCUCCAACUGUCCGGGAUGAGGGAUGCUGGGCUCAAGUUGACGAUUUUUGUGGCGACGGCCGGACUCCGCGUUUCGGAGAUUGAGUCGGUGGCUCGAGCGGUGUUGCCCAAGUUUUACAUGGAUGAUAUUAACAUGGAGGCUUGGGGGGUUUUUAGUUGUUAUGAGAAGAGGGUUGUGGUGACUAAAACACCAAGGGUUAUGGUGGAGAGGUUUGUGAAGGAGCAUUUGAGAGCUGAUGAGGUGGUUGGGAGUGAACUUGUAGUGAACCGGUUUGGGCUUGCUACCGGGUUUGUUAAGGAGGAUGUGGGUUCGUUGUCAGACCGGGUUGCAGCUUUGUUUGGGAAUGAUGGCGUUCAAGCUAGUAUGGGAUUAGGACGGCCUGAGUCCGGUUCUUCAUUCUUAUCUCUGUGCAUGGAAGAAUCCCACCCACCAUUCACAAACAACACAACCAACCACCACAACGACCACCAGCUCCUCCGCCCGCUGCCGGUGAUCUUCCACGACGGCCGCCUCGUCAAGCGCCCGACCCCACCAACCGCCCUCCUAAUCCUCCUAUGGAUCCCCUUCGGCAUAGUCCUCGCCACCAUCCGAAUCUCCGUCGGUCUCAUCCUCCCGAUGUGGGCCAUCCCUUACUACUCCGUCAUAUUCGGCGGCAAGGUCAUCGUCAAAGGAAAGCCGCCGCCGCCACCGUCCUCCACCGCCUCCACCUCUGGCGUCCUCUUCGUGUGCACCCACCGCACCCUAAUGGACCCCGUGGUCCUCUCCUCCGUCCUCCAACGUCGCGUCCCGGCCGUCACCUACUCCAUUUCCCGGCUCUCCGAGAUCCUCUCCCCCAUCCCCACCGUCCGAUUAACCCGCGUCCGCCACGUGGACGCCGAGAGAAUCAAGCGAGAACUCACCCGAGGAGACCUCGUCGUGUGCCCCGAAGGGACCACGUGCAGGGAACCGUUCCUGCUGAGGUUCAGCGCGCUGUUCGCGGAGCUGACGGACCGGAUCGUGCCGGUGGCAAUGAACUACCGGGUGGGGUUCUUCCACGCGACGACGGCACGCGGGUGGAAGGGCCUCGACCCGAUCUUCUUCUUCAUGAACCCGAAGCCCGUUUACGAGGUAACGUUCUUGAACCAGUUGCCGCAUGAAGCCACGUGUUCGUCGGGGAAGAGCCCACACGAGGUUGCCAACUACGUGCAGAGGAUCUUGGCGGCGACGCUGGGGUUUGAGUGCACCAAUUUUACUAGGAAGGAUAAGUACAGAGUGUUGGCCGGGAACGACGGAACGGUGACGUAUACCUCCAACGGGGAUCGGAUCAAGAAGUUGGUAAACGGGUUUAAGAAGGCGGUGGCCGAAAACUUCAAGCCGUUCCUUAAUUCGCUAAUAUGAAGGUUAUCGUUUUUUUGUUUUUUGUUUUUUUUUUUUGUUUUGUUUCUGCUUCAUCUUUGUUUUUUUAUAUUCAAAAUAAAGGUAGAGUGUGUAUUCAAAUUUUUUUUUUUUUUUUUUUUGUUCCUUAAGGCGCUGUUUGAUUUUUUUUCUUCUUCUUUUUUUGGAAGUGUAUGAUAGAUAAUGUAUUACUAAGAUGAGUAGAAUAUCCGUGAUAAUUGUUUAUGGUUGAUAUGUAAUUGUGAGAAAUUAGUACUCGAUCCAUUUGUU